AUGCCAGAUGUUAGAACAGAAGUAUUCUAUGGUGGUACUCCAAUCAAGAGAGACAUAGAAAAAUUGAAGAACAAGGACACUUGUCCUCAUAUUGUUGUUGCCACUCCCGGUAGGUUACAUGCUUUAGUGAAUGAGAAAGCAAUUCGUUUGAACAAUGUCAAGUCAUUCGUCAUUGAUGAAUGUGACAAAGUUUUGGAAGCCGUAGAUAUGAGAAGAGAUGUCCAAGAUAUUUUCCGUAACACUCCUCAUCAAAAACAAGUUAUGAUGUUUUCUGCAACAUUAUCUCAAGAAAUCAGACCAGUCUGUAAGAAGUUCAUGCAAAAUCCUUUGGAAAUUUAUGUCGAUGACGAAGCUAAAUUAACAUUACAUGGUUUGCAGCAACACUACAUCAAGCUUGAUGAAAAGGAUAAGAACAGAAAAUUAUCGGAUUUGUUAGAUUCUUUGGAAUUCAACCAAGUGAUUAUUUUUGUAAGAUCCACUCAAAGGGCAAAUGAAUUAAAUAAGUUGUUGUGUGCUUGCAACUUCCCAUCUAUUGCGGUUCAUUCAGCUAUGCCUCAGGAAGAGAGAAUUGAAAGAUAUAGAUCUUUCAAGGAAUUUAACAAGCGUAUUUGCGUCUCAACUGACGUGUUUGGUAGAGGCAUUGAUAUCGAAAGAAUUAAUGUUGCUAUCAAUUACGAUAUGCCAAAUGAAGCAGACCAAUAUUUACAUAGGGUUGGUAGAGCCGGUAGAUUUGGUACUAAGGGUUUAGCAAUUUCCUUCGUUUCUUCUAAAGAGGACGAGGAGGUUUUAGAAAAGAUUCAGUCUAGAUUCGAUGUCAAGGUUACCGAGUAUCCAGAAGAAGGAGUCGAUCCUUCUACUUACAUGAACACUUGA